GCCACGCCCACUUCCGCCCUCAUCCUGUAAACAAAGCUGCCAGCUGUCAGGAGUCCUGCCGAGUUUGGGCCCUUUAAACGGUGUUUUCCAACAUGGCGCAGGCCGGAGUGGUCCUCGACAAGGACCAGUUCAACUGCUCGAUAUGUCUGGACGUGUUGAAGGAGCCUGUGACCAUUCCGUGCGGCCACAGCUACUGCUCCGGCUGUAUCCAGCACUACUGGGACCAGGACGACUACCUCGGGGUGUACGGCUGCCCGCAGUGCCGGCAGAGUUUCAGCCCGAGGCCGCAGCUCGGCAGGAACACCAUGCUAGCCGACGUGGUGGAGAAAUUCAAAAACACGGGACUCCAGACGGCGGACACCCCGCCCGAAACCCAGAGUGUGGCCGGGCCCGAGGACGUGGGGUGUGAUGUGUGCACCGGGAGGAAAAACAAAGCCGUCAAGUCGUGCCUGGUGUGCCUGGCCUCGUACUGCGAGGCUCACCUGCAGCCCCACUACGAGUCAGCCGCCUUCAAGAAGCACAGGCUGGUGCCGGCCUCCCGGACGCUGCAGGACACCAUCUGCCCGGUCCACGACAAGCUGCUGGAGGUCUACUGCCGCACCGACAACAAGUGUAUCUGUUACCUGUGUCUGACAGACGAGCACAGGGGACACGACACGGUGCUGGCCGAGGUGGAAAAACAGCAGAAGCAGAGUCAGCUCGGAGAGAUGAAGCGAAGCUCUCAGCAGAGAAUCCAGGAGAGAGAGAAAGAGGUCCAGCACCUGAAACAAGCUGUUUUGUCUCUCACUCGUUCUGCUCGAGUAGCCACUGAGGAGAGCGACAAGGUCUUCACUGAACUGAUUCGCUCGAUCGAGCUGAAGCGUUUUGAAGUGAGGGAGCUGAUCAAAGUCCAGGAGAAGACGGCUGUGAGUCAGGCGGAGGAGCUGCUGGAGAAGAUCCAGAAGGAGAUCGCUGAGCUGAAGAGGAACGACGCUGAACUGGAGAAACUUGCACAUACCGAGGACCACAUCCACUUCCUUCAGAGCUGUCAGUCUCUCCGUGCUCCACCUGUGCUGGGACCCUUGCCGUCACUCACAGCUGACACCAACCUCACCUUUGGCCCGGUGAUGACAGCUGUCUCAGAUUUUAAAGUUUUAUUGCAGGAAGUUUGUCAGGGUGGAUUUGUCAGCAUCUACGAGAGAGUGAGAGAUGUGACAAUUAUAGAUUCUCCGAAUCACACUGGCCAGAUAGAAACGAUGCAAGCCAACAAUGCCCAGUCCAGUUCAGAUGAACUGAUAUGCUUGACCCCUACACCUGGGCUGGACCAAAGCACCGGGAGCCCUCUCAACCCUUUCCUCACUCCAGCACCUGCCGUUCCUACCUUCGGCGGCUUUGCCUUCUCACCGUUUGGUUCCCCCAGGGUGUUCCUGACUAACUCCACUUCUGUCUGCUCAGGCUCCAAACUGUCGUCUGGAUCCAGGCAGAGGCACCUGCAGCGACGCUCACACCCCAGGAGGAAAUAGCCAUGUAGCAGACAUCAGAAUCCACAUCUCAUUACUGGAGAUGAAGAUACAGUGGUUGAAUGUCAUUAUGCUAAAGCGCUCUCCUUUUGUUGUCUUCACUCUCAUCAGCACUGAUACAUCUGAAUUGUAUUUAAUAUUUCAUUUUUUGGCAACUGCCAGUCAUUUAUCUUCGCAUCAGUGCAUGUGGGAAAGACACAAGGAUGUGCUCUUAUAGGGGCCACUGAAGACCACACUGACUGUGUAUUAACUGUGUCUAAAUUAAGCUACAUGAAAGGAGAGCUCACCUCACUACUUGCCACAUUUCAGUAUUUGCAAGUGACAUUUAGGAGAGAAUUUAUGUUUUUAUAAAAUAUUAUGGUUUUCUAAUUAAUCAUUCUCCUUUUUUUUAACCAAAGAUUUGUAACAAUCAUUUUACUUUGCAGACAAGUGUAAUACAAUGUGAUUUGUGACAUGCUUAGAUUAAAAAAGCAAACAAUGUUAAACACU